CACGGACUGAAGAUCGAAAUUGUUGCCAAGGUUGGCGCGUAUGUCGAGGUACUACGCUCCAGUUAUUUUUUGAAGGGAUAGUAUCAGAUUACUUGAUCGUGCUUCUGUCAGUACACCCGAACUACCUUCCAUCAGUCGACAAUACUUUAAGAACUCCAAAGGUUUUUUCACCUACUACCACUGAUGCCGUCGUCUAGGACAGCUAGGAUAAAGCGAAAUUCCGUACCGGAUAGGUGCACAAUCAUCAAGUGUAUGAGGAAAACAAUCUUCACUUUUGUUUUCUUAUUGAUCGGUCUUUCAACAGGACUCAUAGGACCAAGUAUUCUAUAUCUGGAAAAGUUAGCUGGCUCACGAGAGGAUGAAACAGCUCUUGUUUUUACGUCGAAGGCCGUUGGGUGUAUUGGUGGAUGGAUAGUUAGCUGUUUAUUACUGGAUUCAGAAGGUUCUACUAAACCAAAUGAUUUAUUAAGUGUUGGACUUUUCGGCCUAGUGAUAUCCAAUGGUCUUAUUAUUUUCGUUAAACAUCUUUGGUGGAUGCUGGCAGUUUUUUUUCUUCAAGGUUUAUUUGUAACAAUUUCUUUGCAAGGAUGUGUUUAUCAUCGUGAGAACGUAAAACACCGGCUCCACAUUGUGCCACAAUAUUUAACAAGUGUUUUCUUAUUGGGUUGUGUAUUUACUCCAUAUUUUAUUUUAUUUAUUGAGCCAAAUCUAAAUGCCAUUACAUCAUUAGAUGUUCAUCCCAGUACUACACUGAAUGAACCACAGCAUUCACAUGAUCAUAACUUCAUUUCAAACGUAUCUAAUGUAAUUCCCAUUAAGUUUGUUGAGAGUAGCAGUAAUCGCAUUAGUAAACACAAUGAAAUUUCUCCACUUAUUCGUAUCCCUCGACAAAUUUCAGUUAGUACCCCACUACUGAAUAAAUCUAAUUUUGGUCUCCAAACAACACCUCAAACCACUAUGGACAUUAAUCAUAAUAAAAUAUCUACUGAUAAAUCUCACAAUUUAAAUCUAAUCAUACCUAAUUUUACGUCAACAAACGAAAUCAAUAUAAAUGAAACAUCACAUAACAUUACAGUGAACUCUUCUUCGGUUACUAUCAAACCUACAAUCAAGAAAAAGCCGUCAGUCAAUGAUGCCAAACAUUUAAACCAAGAUAGUUCAUCUGCGGAUGGUAGUAAAGCAGCGUCUAAAAUGAAGAAACUUACUGAAGAGCGUCAAAUUGAGGAAUUAGACGAUGAUCCAUCUACUCAUAAACCACUGACCUCUGUCGUUAAUCCAAAUAAACUUCAAAAUCCUGUAGUCCAAAACCAGUCUACUAUUACCACUACUAAUAUGUUAAUGAACAUUACGAAUUUAAAUUCUACCAAACAAUCGAAUAAUAAUGAUGCUAUCUCUAAAAUUUCUACAAAUUCUUCCUCUAGCCAUCUUUCACUUCACUUGAACAAUGUUUCAACAGGAUUUCCACAUGACUCUAAAAUUGUUAAAGAUCAUAAAUCUAAUGAAAUUUUCAUUAAUAAUAUGAAUUCAACAAAAAAUAUUUACAUAUCUAAUGCCUCUAAACCAAUAACUAAGAAUAAAGUAAUACUUGGCAUGUAUAACAUUACCGAUGAAAUUGGGUUAAUAACUAAUAACUCUUCUACUCAAUUCACAUUCAGUAAAUUUCCACCUGUAUUACAGUCAAACGAUAUUAUUGUAGUUAUCAAUUCAACAAAUCAUAAAUAUCAUCAUCAUCGUAUUGCUGAACACUCGUUAGAUAAAUCUCAUCAUAAUCUGUUACCGUUUCAACAUCCAGUAGAAUCAGUUCAGAAAGUUUAUCUACUACUAAGUAUUAUUUCAAUGAUACUUUGGCUGUUGACAAUUCCAUUAACAAGUUGGUGUGAAUCGAUAUUUAUUCGUUACUUUGAUCUUCAGAUCAUAGAUGAUAAUAAUUUCGAGCUUAUUUCCGCUGGCAAACUCUCGUCACCAAGUGUGAUGCAACGAUCAGAUACUGAUAGUAAUGAAAAUCAUUCUGAAGAAGGUCUCAAAUCAAGAUUACUUGGAGGAUCAGAUGAAGACGAUAGUGAGUCGGAUUCAGUUGAACUAUGGAAUCGAAGUCAUUUUAUUGAUAACAACGAAGAGCUAGUCUGUCAUUCUGAUUCUGAAUUGAAUGAUGAUGGUGUUGUUCUGAAAAAUUCCUUAAUUAAAUCAUCUUCAGGAAAUAAUCUUUCUGGUUAUUCAGUGUCUAAAUCGAUGACAGUAUUAAAUCCUAAUGUUGUUGAUGAUAUUACCUCCUCUAUGACUGAUUAUUCUGUAUUUGAAACUCAUUGGCCAAGAAUUCAAUGGCCAUCAAAUUUUUGGCUGUUAUUAUCUAUAUUUCUAAAUAGUGGUUUGGAGACAACAUAUGCUGGCUUUGUUGCUAGUCUCACUAUCCGUUAUCUUCUUUGGUCUCCAACAUUAGCAAUAAUUGUGACCAGUUUGUUUUGGCUUGGUAAUCUCGUUGGCUUUUUAGUUCGUUUAUUGAUAAUCAAUAUAAAAUGGCCAGAUUUACGAGAUACUUUACCCGGUAUUUCAAACAGUCAGCUAUUAUCUAAGCGUAUAUAUUCAACUAGAAAACAUCGUCGUAAUUAUGCAAAGAAUACAAAAUCAUCAAUAAUCAUUACUAUCAUACAAUUGUGUGGAUGUUUUAUUUGUGUAACUAGUUCUAUUGCAUUAACAUAUUUAUCAAUGUCAACUGGAAGAUGUUCCACAACAUCAUCAUCAUCAUCCCUAUUAAACAUGAAUUCAUUAUCUCAUCCUUAUAUAACAUGGUUAAUUGGUAGUUUUUGUUUUGGUAUUGGUAUUGGUUUAUCAUCUUCUUAUACUGGUACAUUAAUGACUAUACAUUUAACUACAAAUUUAUUUUUUUCUAAUUCAUAUCAUAUUCAAUUAGCUACAUUUUUUGGUCAAUUAUUAAUGCCAGCAUUAAUUGCUAUGCUUCAUCAUCAAGCAUUAUUUUGGCGAUAUUCAUGUGUACAUAGUAUUAGUGUAUUAUGUUUAAGUAUAUUAAUGAGUUGUUCAUUAAUUAGUCAUUUUAUCAUUGAAACUAUUGAAAAUAAACGUAAUAAUUUAUUGAAAUCAUCUAAAACUAAUCGAAACAAUAAUCAUGAUACACAUUUACAAUAUUCUAAUGGGAAAAUUACAAUACCAUAAUUAGUUUAUAAAUUCUAAUAGGGAUAGGUAAUGAUUAUCUUCAAGAAAACUGAUGAUAACUUCUAAUAUCGUUAUUAUUUUGUUUAUUGCAAAUGUCUUUCAUCAAACUUGUCUUCAUGUGGUUAAUUGCUUUAACCUGUAAUAGUUUAUUGUAAUUAUAUAUGUUAUUUGUAUAAUACUAAUACUAACCCUCCUUCUUCUUCCUACUCCCCUUCCCCUCCUCUCUAGUCUGAUAAUAAUGGUAUUUUGUUCAUUUGAUUGCAUUUUGUACUGUACCAUUUGUAUGUGUACUCACCUAUAUUUUUUUAUUACCGCCUUAUUUUCAUAGGUUAUCUGCAAGUUUGAUCUGUUGUUAUUUUAAUAUACUUCAUUAUGUCAUACAUUGAAUCUAUUUGGUUUAAUACCUUAUUUUGUUUAUGAUAUUGAAUUAUAAAUGCAAACAACACAUUUUAUCAAUUGGUUUUUCCUUCAAAUAGAUAGAACUAAUCCUCUGACGUAUAGCUUCAGUUUAUCGCUUUAAAAAUUAGUAGUAAUUUAAUAUAAAUUAUUCACUAAAUACAGAUUGAUGUAUUCCACUUUAAGUCGCUUUAUUUGUGUUUGAAGGUCUAUGGUACUACCUUAAUCACACCUGUUAUCCCUAGUGGAGCAUUGGUCGCUAACUAGGAGUCUCCGAGCUACUCUGUUCUAGGUUCUCCUUUCCAUCUAUCGCCAAGUUCCAUUGAUUCUUUUGAUGUCUGCCUCCAGUUUGUGACCCAACAUGUUUUUUUCGUCGGCCUCUUUUCUUUUUCCCAAUUUAUGGCUUACUCUAUGAAACAGUCUGAUGAUUUCCAUUACUGAAUUCCACUAACCACUAUUCUGUGCAACGUUUAUGAAUUUGUAAGGGUACGUAAAUGCCGACUAACACUCACAAACAAUAUCAACAACAGGGUAAUUCAAAUCCUUACAAAUUAAGUUGAAUUAAUCCCUCGUUGAAAUCUAGACAUUAUAAAGGAAAAAAACGGAGUUUAGCAUAAUGGUGUGCUAUAUGAGCGCUCUUUGAUCACACUAUAAUUUCUGAAGAUAUUUAUUUAAGGAAUAAAACGUAAGAAGAACAAUGAGAAGGAAUUUAAUUUUAAGCGUACCGGUCAUGAUAUAUCAGAAAUAAAGUCAAUAAUACCAGGGUGUCUCGAUGCAAUUAUGAAGUAUUUUUGGAAAAAAAAAAGUAGGAUAGUUAUACAUUUUCUCAUAGGUAAUUAAGAUUCAACAGAUCAGUGCAUAUGUACGUAACUACUUAUCUACAAUAAUAGAUAGGAUGUUUUUAGAUUGAUUUAAUAAGUUUUUCUAACAUUUAACAGAAACAGAUGGUUGUUUACCAUAUUCUUUUCCUGAUGUUCGUACAGUGUUCCAAUUAUUCAUUUAUACGUGCAACCACUUUGGAUCGAAUAUGAUGCACAUAAUGAAAUCGAUGAACGAAGUGGGAUGUAACUCAGUGAUUAACAUUGCGUUUAGGUUUUCAGUAGGAAAUGAAUUGCUUUUCCUAUACCCUGACCGUGGUUACAUGAUAGGUUUUGUGGCUUUGAAUAUCUCACAUAACAUCAUAUUAAUGAGAUGUAAUUAGAGUUCUCUUGAUCUAAGUAGGAUUCAAGUGUCCUCAUCUUGAUACAGUUGAAUAGCUUAGUCUAUCCUAACACCGGUUCUAAUAACAGUUCUUACAUUUCAAGCAUAGUGCAACUAUUAUGUUAAUUUCUUAAGAAACAAAGCACAAUACUUUUUUACUAUUAUAAGAACUAUAGUGAAGUUCAUUUUGAAAACAAAAAAUUGUGUUUCGUGUACACCUAGUUGUUUAACAGGCUUUGUCUUGACCGAAUCAGACAAUACUAAGAAUGACUCAUAACAUUAUUCCAUCUAUUUGUUGUUGUUUUAAUUGGCUUCAUCGUUUCUUGAAACAUAAUUAUUUAUCUCUUAUUAAGCUUUAUGGUAGAGCAUAAAUGGUUUUGGCCAAUUCAUUCACUGCCAAUUUAUUCACAUACGUGGUAAGAUGGACAAACUAUAAUUAAGACACACCUACUCAAGCGAAUUCUAAAGUUAACUCAAUUGACAGCAAAACACACCUAAUUUUUAAUCAUUAAGUUAGCACAAUAUCAUGCUAACUUUCUUACUAUUGCUGUAAUUCAUUGGAUCGAUUAAGAAAGAAAAAUGGUUUGAGAAAACAGAUUUUUCCGAGUGAACAAUUCAUUGGUAAUGACUGCCUUAUUUUACUAAUACUGCAUAAAUAUUUUAUUUGCGUUUCACUAUAAUAUUGUAGUCGUACUGCUUAAACUCUUCAAAACAACUUGAAUUUGGUCACAGUAAUAUAAAUGAAAUUAUAUUCCUCUCCAAAUCUUGUAUAUUUUAUUGUUUUGGAUUUAUCUGUUCAUUUGCCAUCUAGUUGUGGUGUCUGGUACGUAUACAGACAUAUAUGAGUAGUAUGUAUCAAGAUUUGAAAGAACGAUUCUUACUGACAGAAGAACAACAUCAGGAGACGAGAAAGAAAAGCAGAAGUAGUCCGAGUAGCAACAUGAAUGAAAGAACGAUGGAGCUUUCGAGAGACAAUUCAAGGAAGAUGUGUACAUAAUACUUUCAAUGUAUUGUGUUCAUAUUUUACAAAUACAGUGUAUGCUUUUGCUUAAUACAACAAUGGUUUACCU